AUGGCUGACCGGAGCGCGCCGAGCUGCCACCUGCGGCUGGAGUGGGUCUACGGCUACCGGGGUCAUCAGUGCCGCAACAACCUCUACUACACGGCGGCCAAGGAGAUCGUCUACUUCGUGGCGGGGGUCGGUGUGGUCUACAGCCCCCGGGAGCACCGGCAGAAAUUCUACCUGGGGCACCAGGACGACAUCAUCAGUCUUGCUUUGCACCCCGAACGUGUGUUGGUGGCAACAGGUCAAGUUGGAAAGGAACCAUAUAUCUGCGUGUGGGAUUCAUACACUGUGCAAACUGUAUCUGUUCUGAAAGACGUUCACACACAUGGUAUAGCUUGCUUGGCCUUUGAUCUAGAUGGUCAGCGUUUGGUCUCGGUUGGUUUGGAUUCGAAAAACACAGUUUGUGUAUGGGACUGGAGAAAAGGAAAAUUGUUAUCAAUGGCUCCUGGUCAUACAGACAGAAUAUUUGAUAUUUCUUGGGAUUUAUACCAGCCAAACAAGCUCGUCAGCUGUGGUGUAAAACACAUCAAGUUCUGGAGCUUGUGUGGCAAUUCGUUGACACCAAAACGUGGUGUCUUUGGCAAGACCGGUGAUCUCCAGACUAUCUUGUGCCUCGCCUGUGCAAGGGAUGAAGUGACGUAUUCUGGUGCGCUGAAUGGAGAUAUAUAUGUAUGGAAAGGAAUCAACCUUGUACGGACAAUACAGGGAGCACAUGCUGCAGGAAUUUUCAGCAUGAAUGCAUGUGAAGAGGGGUUUGCCACUGGUGGCAGGGAUGGCUGCGUUCGCUUGUGGGACUUAAAUUUUAAACCAAUUACUGUGAUUGAUCUCAGGGAAACAGACCAGGGAUAUAAAGGUCUCUCUGUAAGAAGUGUUUGCUGGAGAGGAGACCAUAUACUCGUUGGGACACAAGACAGUGAAAUUUUUGAAAUUGUGGUGCACGAGCGUAAUAAGCCUUUCCUGAUAAUGCAGGGGCACUGUGAAGGAGAGCUGUGGGCUUUGGCUGUCCAUCCUACGAAACCCCUGGCCAUGACUGGAAGUGAUGAUCGAUCAGUCAGAAUCUGGAGUUUAAUAGACCACGCUCUGAUUGCCCGGUGCAACAUGGAGGAGCCCAUUCGCUGCGCCGCGGUUAGUACUGAUGGAAUCCAUCUAGCUCUUGGAAUGAAGGAUGGCUCUUUCACUGUGCUUCGAGUCAGAGAUAUGACUGAGGUUGUUCAUAUCAAAGACAGGAAAGAAGCUAUUCAUGAACUCAAAUAUUCUCCAGAUGGGAAUUUCCUAGCUGUUGGUUCCAAUGACAGCUCAGUGGAUAUAUAUGGGGUUGUUCAACGAUACAAGAAAGUUGGGGAAUGUAUUGGAUCCUUAAGCUUCAUCACCCAUAUGGAUUGGUCUUCAGACAGUAAAUACUUACAGACCAAUGAUGGCAAUGGAAAGAGACUUUUUUACAGAAUGCCAGGUGGAAAAGAAGUAACAAACAAGGAGGAAUUGAAAGGCAUUCAAUGGGCAUCAUGGACCUGUGUUUCUGGCCUUGAAGUUAAUGGAAUCUGGCCCAAAUAUUCUGAUAUAAAUGAUAUAAAUUCUGUGGAUGCAAAUUUUAUUGGUCAAGUUAUGGUUACAGCUGAUGAUUAUGGAAUAGUAAAGCUCUUUCGAUACCCAUGUCUAAGAAAAGGGGCAAAGUUUAAAAAAUAUCUUGGUCACUCUGCUCACGUGACAAACGUCAGAUGGUCGCACGAUCACCAGUGGGUUGUUUCCAUUGGCGGAGCUGAUCAUUCUGUCUUUCAGUGGAAGUUUGUUCCCGACCGCAAGUUGAAGGACACUCUUCAUAUAGCACCCCAAGAGAGUCUGGUUGAUUCUAAUAGUGAUGAAUCAGAUUCAGAUCAGUCUGAUGUUCCAGAGCUGGACUCUGAAAUUGAACAAGAGACACAGAUCACCUAUCGUCGACAGGUUUACAAAGAAGAUCUACCUCAACUUAAAGAGCAAUGCAAAGAAAAAAGAAAAAGUGCAGCUUCUAAGAGACGUGAGCGAGCUCCAGGGAACAGUAUAAGACUACAUUUUGUUCAUGGUUACAGAGGUUACGACUGUCGAAGCAAUCUCUUUUACACGCAGACGGGUGAAAUCGUAUACCAUGUGGCAGCAGUGGGAGUGGUGUACAACCGGCAGCAGAACACACAGCGCUUCUAUCUGGGUCAUGAUGAUGACAUUCUUUGCCUUGCUAUUCAUCCCUUAAAGGACUAUGUGGCAACAGGCCAGGUUGGUCGUGAUUCCUCAAUACACAUUUGGGAUACAGAAACAAUAAAGCCACUCUCAGUAUUAAAGGGCUAUCACCAGUAUGGUGUUUGUGCUGUUGAUUUUUCAGCGGAUGGGAAACGAUUGGCUUCUGUUGGAAUAGAUGACAAUCACACUAUUGUACUCUGGGAUUGGAAGAAAGGAGAAAAGCUUUCAGCAGUAAGGGGAAGCAAAGAUAAGAUUUUUGUUGUUAAGAUUAAUCCUUACAUGCCUGAUAAACUGAUUACAGUUGGAAUUAAACACAUGAAAUUCUGGCGGAGAGCAGGAGGAGGACUAAUUGGGAGAAAGGGCUGCAUAGGUGCAUUGGGAAGAACUGACACAAUGAUGUGUGCAGUGUAUGGCUGGACAGAAGAGAUGGCGUUCUCUGGAACCUCCACGGGGGAUGUGUGUAUUUGGAGAGAUGUGUUUCUCAUAAAAACUGUCAAAGCACAUGAUGGUCCUGUGUUCAGCAUGCACGCAUUGGAAAAAGGAUUUGUCACUGGAGGAAAGGAUGGAGUAGUAGCUCUGUGGGAUGAUACCUUUGAACGCUGUCUCAAAACCUAUGCCAUCAAAAGGGCUGCUCUGGCUCCCGGAUCCAAAGGUCUUCUCUUAGAAGAUAAUCCUUCUAUACGUGCCAUAUCGUUAGGACAUGGUCAUAUUCUAGUGGGCACAAAGAAUGGUGAAAUACUGGAGGUAGAUAAAAGUGGACCAAUAACUCUGCUGGUUCAGGGUCACAUGGAGGGGGAAGUUUGGGGUCUAGCUACUCAUCCUCAUUUACCUAUUUGUGCCACUGUAAGUGAUGACAAAACCUUAAGAAUAUGGGAUUUAUCUCCCAGCCAUUGUAUGUUAGCUGUUCGCAAAUUGAAAAAGGGAGGCAGAUGUUGCUGCUUUUCUCCUGAUGGAAAAGCAUUAGCUGUUGGUCUCAAUGAUGGAAGUUUUUUGAUAGUUAAUGCAGAUACUCUGGAGGAUUUGGUCUCUUUCCAGCACAGGAAAGAUGUUAUUUCAGAAAUCAGAUUUUCUCCUGGGGCUGGAAAGUACUUAGCUGUAGCAUCCUGUGACAACUUUGUAGAUAUUUACAAUGUAAUGAGCAGUAAAAGAGUAGGAAUCUGCAAGGGAGCCUCCAGCUAUAUCACGCACAUGGACUGGGACAUAAGAGGAAAACUUUUGCAAGUCAACACUGGUGCUAAAGAGCAGUUGUUUUUUGAAGCACCUCGGGGAAAAAAACAGACUAUUCCAAGUUUGGAGGUAGAAAAGAUUGGCUGGGCAUCAUGGACAAGUGUUUUGGGCUCUUGCUGUGAAGGGAUCUGGCCAAUAAUUGGUGAAGUCACAGAUGUAACUGCUUCAUGCCUCACUAGUGAUAGUAAAGUAUUGGCCACAGGAGAUGAUUUUGGAUUUGUGAAAUUGUUUCGAUACCCUGCUAAAGGAAAGUUUGGGAAGUUUAAGAGGUAUGUUGCUCACAGUACCCAUGUGACAAAUGUCCGUUGGACCUACGAUGACAGUUUGUUGGUCACUGUUGGAGGAGCAGACACCUCCUUAAUGCUGUGGACUUAUGAGAUGGAAGGACAUCGGGAUAGCAGGCAGUGUGACAGUGAGGAGUCUGAUCUAGAUUCUGAAGAAGAUGGAGGUUAUGACAGUGAUGUGACAAGGGAAAAUGAAAUUAAUUACACCAUCAAAGCCUUAUCAACAAACAUUAGACCAAUGUUUGGAAUUAAGCCUCAUCUGCAACAAAAGGAGCCAACCUUAGAUGAAAGGCAGGGGGUAGUAAGAGGUUCCAGACCACCAGUUAGUAGGGCAUUGCCACAGCCGGAGAAACUUCAGACAAAUAAUGUGGGGAAAAAAAAGAGACCUAUAGAGGACCUAAUUUUGGAGCUGGUGUUUGGGUAUCGAGGCAAGGACUGCAGGAACAAUGUGCACUAUUUGAAUGAUGGUGCUGAUGUAAUUUAUCACACUGCAUCUAUUGGCAUCUUGUAUAAUGUGGCAACAGGCUCUCAGUCAUUUUACCAGGAACACAAUGAUGAUAUUUUGUGCCUCACUGUGAAUCAGCACCCCAAGUUUACCAACAUAGUGGCAACUGGCCAAGUAGGAGACUCAGCAGAUAUGUCAGCUACAGCUCCUUCUAUUCAUGUGUGGGAUGCAAUGAACAAGCAGACGCUGUCGGUACUGCGGUGCUACCAUUCCAAGGGCGUUUGCUCAGUCAGUUUCAGUGCCACUGGCAAGCUGCUGCUGUCCGUAGGGCUGGAUCCCGAACAUACCAUUACCAUUUGGAAGUGGCAGGAAGGUGCCAAAAUUGCCAGCCGAGCUGGUCAUAACCAGCGUAUAUUUGUAGCAGAAUUCAGGCCGGAUUCAGAUACACAGUUUGUUUCUGUGGGAGUAAAACAUGUGAGGUUCUGGACACUGGCUGGAAGAGCUCUCCUCAGUAAAAAAGGGCUGCUGAGCUCCAUAGAAGAUGCCCGCAUGCAGACAAUGCUUUCUGUAGCUUUUGGAGCGAAUAACUUGACAUUUACAGGUACUAUCAGUGGAGAUGUUUGUGUUUGGAAAGAUCAUGUGUUGAUACGAAUUGUGGCCAAAGCUCACAACGGACCUGUUUUCACAAUGUAUACCACACUGAGAGAUGGUUUGAUUGUUACAGGAGGCAAAGAAAGGCCUUCAAAGGAAGGAGGAGCAGUUAAGCUCUGGGACCAGGAGCUGAAACGAUGUCGUGCCUUCAGACUGGAGACAGGACAAAUGACAGACUGUGUUCGCUCUGUUUGCAGAGGCAAGGGGAAAAUUCUCGUUGGGACAAGAAAUGCUGAAAUAAUUGAAGUUGGAGAGAAAAAUGCUGCAUGUAACAUUCUAAUUAACGGUCAUAUGGAUGGACCCAUCUGGGGCCUAGCAACACAUCCAUCCAGAGAUUUUUUCCUUUCUGCUGCAGAAGAUGGCACAGUAAGACUCUGGGAUAUUACUGAAAAGAAGAUGCUGAACAAAGUCAGCUUAGGACACGCAGCUCGUACAGUUUGUUACAGCCCAGAAGGUGAUAUGGUAGCUAUUGGCAUGAAAAAUGGAGAAUUUAUUAUCCUGCUUGUGACCUCUUUAAAAAUUUGGGGGAAAAAAAGGGACAGAAGAUCAGCAAUUCAAGAUAUCAGGUUUAGCCCAGACUCUCGGUACCUAGCAGUUGGUUCCAGUGAGAAUGCAGUGGAUUUUUAUGAUCUGACUUUGGGUCCUACACUAAAUCGAAUCAGCUAUUGCAAAGAUAUCCCAAGUUUUGUGAUCCAGAUGGACUUCUCUGCUGAUAGCUCUUAUCUCCAGGUCUCUACGGGGUCUUACAAAAGGCAAGUGUACGAAGUGCCUUCAGGAAAGCAGCUUGUGGACCAGGCUGUGAUUGACAGGAUAACAUGGGCUACUUGGACAAGUGUUCUAGGGGAUGAAGUAAUUGGAAUCUGGUCCAGGCAUGCUGAAAAAGCUGACGUGAACUGUGCUUGUGUCUCUCACUCGGGAAUCAAUCUUGUAACAGGCGAUGAUUUUGGCAUGGUCAAACUGUUUGACUUCCCAUGUCCUGAAAAAUUUGCAAAACACAAAAGAUUUUUAGGUCACUCUGCCCACUUAACUAAUAUUCGAUUCACAAGUGGAGACAGAUACGUGGUCAGUGCCGGAGGGGACGACUGCAGCUUAUUUGUUUGGAAGUGUGUGCAUAUGCCUCAUUGAGAGAGACAUGGAGACUUGCAAAGAGGAAACUGCAUGAAGUACCAGGCAUGAA